GAAAAUGUUUAUCAGCACUAAACCAAUCUUAGAAGAUGUACGGAUGGAAACAUAAAUAUAUAAUGCAUUCAAACAUUUAAUUAAGAAUACGUUUACCUUAGGGAUAAGCUGGGCAUUUAAUAGCUGGACCAACAACGUACGUACAGCGUGGGUGACGCCAUUACUCGCAAAUACGAAAACAACGGAGAUAGCUCCCGUUUGAAAUUAGAGUGACCUCCCUUUCCCAAUAUGAACCACUGAUAAUGCGGUUUCGACGAAAUAUCUGCAUUGUAUUAAUGCCUCUGUGCGCCGUGGGGCUUUUGUCCACAAAAGCAAAAGAAAAGGAAUGAAACGAACGCUCAAACAACUGGGCUACCCAACCGCCCCUACCACAUGUCAGGGAUGAAAUGGAACGACGUUAGCAACGUUGCAGCACCUCCGGCUAAUCCUUCCUCAGAAAUGGAAUUCUAAUCAAUGAGGCGGUAGGGGCGGUUGGGUAGCCAAGUGGUUGAAGCGUUCGCUCGUCACGCCAAAGACCCGGGUUCGAUUCCCGACAUGGGUACAAUAUGUGAAGCCCAUUUUCCGGUGUCCCCGCCGUCAUAUUCCUCAAAGAGGCUGAGGUAUCCACCCUGCAUCAAUGCUCUGUUGACUGUGUGAGUUUGCCUCGAUCCAAGGCUGGCAAUGUGUCACGUUAACUUUGUGUAUAUUUUUAUCAAGUGCUGAUAAAAUACUAUUUUUUUUCUGUGACCUAACACCGUCAAAGGGAAAAGAGAUAACAAACAAUUGGCUGCACUAAGGGAAAGCUGAAUUCAUUUGGACGGCAGGUGUACGACACAGCUACAAGCUAAUAUGGCACACACUGACCGCCAAGGGUUUACAGAUGAAACAAUAGUGGACAGAAUCCAGUAUUGGGGACAGACUGAUUCCCAUGAACCUGCUUUCAUCUUCAGGAGUUCAAAUGGCAGGUUCACCCUCUCAAGGGGGGACGUGUUGGACUUGUCCAGUAGGUUUGCGUCCAGACUGACCAAGGGAGGGUUGAAGCCUGGUGAGGUCGUCUGUAUUGCUCUCCCGAACAGUCCUGAGAGAAUAGUUGUGGAGUUCGGAGUCCAUCUGGCAGGAGGGGUGUCUAUGAAUGGGCAGGUUCUACGAGAAGAUGGGUGUGAUCUAGCAGAAAGCAUCAACAGUGUAGGGUGUAAGAUCUUAAUUUCCGAUCUUGAAAGAUCGGACAGCGCUUGGGGCCUCUUACAGAAACAUUUUACUAUUCUGGAAUCAGGAAAGGACCUCUUAAAGGUUACGUCGGAUUUUGUCAAAGAUUUGGAAAUUGUUCAGCUUUGCCGAAUUCAAAGGCACAGCGAAGGCUUCUUGGCAGGUUUGAGAUCAGAACAGUUAUUCGUCUAUGAUCGCACAAAGUCAACGGACCUUGCGACAAUAUUUACAACAUCUGGUAGCUCGGGCUACACGAAACUGGUGAAACAAUCACAUAGAAAUAUCCUGAACAGUGGGUACAUGUUCAGUAGAUGUACUGAACUCAGUGCACCCGACAAGAUAUAUCACUCGUCGCCUCUAGGGUGGGCUGGCGGGUACCCAGCACACUUCCUGUACACUGGCUGCACUCGCGUUUUGGUUGACGCUGGAGCUGGACCAAUAACGGAUUUCGCUUCUCUGAUGUGGAAUGCCGUUAAUGAAGAGGACGUCAGUGUAUUUAACGCUGUGCCAAUUCAUGUUGAACUGCUGUACCAACAAGCUAAGAAGAAGGGGUUUAAUAGACCACCAUUCAAGAAAAUCAUCACUGGAGGCCAGCCGAUCAAACGAGCGAACCUUUGUGCAGUUGGGUUCCUUGCAGACUCACUUCAGAUAGUCUACGGUGCCACAGAGUUAGGGUAUAUUGCAUCCCUGAAUGUGGACAUCGACAGUGUUGCUGUCUUCAGAGACUUCACCGUUGGGUACCCUCUCCCAGGUGUACAGCUGAAAGUAGACUGCGAGUCCACGACAGCUCUGCACAACGAGAGUCGUGGAGAAGUCCUGGUCAAGUCUCCAACUCUCUGUAUGGGUUACGCCGGUGAUGAACCCAUUCCUGUUACCGACGGCUGGUUCCACACAGGUGAUAUUGGAUAUAUGAACAAAGAUGGCAGUGUGGCAGUGGAAGGAAGAAGUUCCGACGCCAUCAUGCACGGCUCCUAUGUCCUCUACCCGACGUGGCUGGAGAAGGUGCUGAUGGCGUGUCCCGGGGUGCAGCAGGUGGCCAUUGUUCCAGUUCCCGACCAGGUCAUGCAUCAUGAGAUCUGUGCGUGCGUGCAGCCUCAAGCCGGCGCUGAAACAACGACGGAAGACGUCAUCAUGUUCUGUAGGAAGGAGCUUGCACUUGCUCAGACUUCAACUCUCAAUGUUGUCCCCAAAUAUGUAGUCUUCUUCGAAGCAUUCCCACUUACCAGUACGGGUAAACUAGAUCGGAAGAAACUUUCAGCUGAGGCGACAUCGAAGCUGAGUUAGAACACGUGUGUUUGAUGCUUAACGGCGGUCUCUUCUAUAUUCCGGCUGGGGGCACGGGUGGCCCAGUCGUCUAAGGCGCCGCGAUUCGCUGUGCAGAGUUGCGUCCCUUGGGCACGCCAGAAACCUAUGAUUGUGGGUUCGAAUCCUGG